UAUUUUAUUAACCAAUCAGCUUGCGAUCUAUAUUCUGUUUGUUUACAUGGGAGAGCUGACGUGUGAACAACCGGCUCGUACACAUCAACAUUUACAAAAGGCUGAUGCAAGUUUUUAUCAUAUAAGACUAAAAUACAGUUUCCCACAAACUAAAAUAAUAUUGUGUAAAGUGGUUAUAGAUACGAAGGGUGAAUGCUGAAUUGAAGAAUUUUCUAUGUCAAGUAAAGUGUUCCACAUUGUGCAAGCAAUGAACGCUAUAACGGUCUUAAGUUGUGUGAUUUUGUGUCUACAUGUCUCAAGUCUCCACAGUCAUGCAGAAAGUGAAAGCGGGGCCCUCACUGUUGUCCAGCAAGAAGAUGACAAUGGUGUGAGCCUGGAGGAUGACAGUGGGGAGGAUCAAUCAACACCUGAUGCAUUGGAGCCAGACUCAGAUCCUUUUCACCCAACCAAUGAGUGGCAGACUGUUAAAGCAGGCCAAAAAAUACCAGCUGGAUUACAUGUCCGUAUGAACUUUGAGACAGGAUUAAAAGAAGCCAAGUUAAUGGAUGGGGAUAGUGAAUUCAAACACUGGAGGGAUGGUGACCGCCAAGGAAUGAUGAAUAUGGAUAAGAAGCAGUUUUCAAUGGAAGAAUUAAAGAAAGCAUUAAAAGAUUUCAAAACUACACAGCUGGAUGACACAGAUUUACAGAGAGAAGCGGAUGUGAAAAAGAAAUUUAAAUCUUACGAAGAGCUCAAAAAAGAUUUCCAUGACAUGAAUAUGGAUAUAAAGACAGAUGGAGAAAUAAUUGAAGAGUUGAUUGGGAGAUUAAAAGAGAAAGAAUUACGAAGAGAUAAUCUACUAACCACCUUAACUGACCUUGAAUAUUAUUUACAUCAGAUAGACAAUGCCAUUUUGUUUAAAGACUGGGGAGGUAUACCAUACAUACUGAAGAUAUUGAACAACACACAAGAUGAAGAGUUACAGAUUGAGGCUGCGAUGGUGUUAGGUUCAGCGACCUCUAGUAAUCCUAAAGUACAGAUAGGAGCACUAGAAGCAGGAGCUCUACAGUUGUUAUUGCGCCUCAUCUCCACUCACUCAUCUGUCGGUUUGAGGCGAAAAGUAAUGUUCUGCAUAUCGACUUUGUGCCGCCACUUUCCAUAUGCUCAGAAGAGGUUUUUGGAGCUCGGAGGAUUAAGUGCAAUAGGGAAUGUGUUUGAAGAAGCUGGAACUGAGAAACUGAGGAUCAAGGCCAUUUCAUUUCUAAAUGAUUUACUAAUGGAAAAAAAACUUACUGAAGAAAACAUGAACCCAGAUAAAUCCACUGAUAUUGAGAAGUUAAAACAGUAUAACAGUGUACCUCUUCUUGAAGCAAUGACAGAACAAGGUUGGUGCAGGCGAGUGCCAUCCCUUCUUCAAAUGCCAGACCAUGACAGUCGGGAACAAGUUCUCUUAGCAAUGAAGACACUAUUACACUCGUGUAAACAAAACUUUAUACAAUUCCGCGAUACUUUAAACAGUUUGAAAACAGAAUAUGUUCAGUUAGCGAGUGAGGAGGAAGAUGGAGAUUAUUUCACCAAUCUGGUUUCUGUGAUAGACACUUUAAUACAAGACAUUAUUAAAAAAGAUGAAUUGUGAUGUACUAAGAGUAUAACAUGAAUGAUUCAGAAAAAAUGAAAUUGAAAAGAACUGCAGUCAAACAUGAAUGAAGCCACCCACCACAGAGUGAUACACUAUGGCUGCUUAAGCCAGGUUAUUGCUUAAGACAGGUUGAAAUAAGAGCACUGUGAAUUAGGGCAGUUAGCUGACUUUCUGCUUUAGGCAAGUGGCUGCUUAAUACAGGUGGCUGCUAAAGCAAGUUUCACUGUAUCUGCAGAUUAUGUGUGAACUCUGAUAGAAUGUAUAGAUCACAUGAUUUGUUUGUUGACAGGUUUACCAGGUAAGCUCAUACGGUAGAGCACAACAGGACUGUUUGUCUAAAAGACACAGAGUUCAGAUCUUUUUUUGUGAGGCUUACGUUCUUGAUGGCAUUUGAUGAAAGACAAUACAUCUUAAUCUGUUUGUCCUCCAAAUUGCUAGCAGCUAGGGCCUCCCUGGUUGAGUGGUUAAAGUUAAUGACUUCAAGUCAAAUUACCACUGUUGAUUCAAGCCCUGUUGGGGUGAUCAUGUCAGGAGUCCAUCUUGCUUGCUUUGAGAAAGUCUGUGGUUCUACACAGGUGCCUGUUCAACCUGAAAUAAUGCCCAGAGUGGCAGCUGGAUUGCCAUCAUACCUUUCAUCGUCUGACCUGCUAUGUUUGUAUGAUUUAAAAUCCAAAUAAAUAAA